AUGAAGGAGAGUCACGUGACUGUCAGUUGCCGUGGACGACAAAUUGCCCCGCAGCAAAGCGCGGGAAAUAAAACAACAACUGGUGCCACUGUUUUGGCUGCAAAUAUGCGUAGCAUCACAACCUCUCAUAUUUUUCUUUCUCUCUCUCCCUCCCUAUCUUUCUCUCCUUGCCACCAUUAUUCUUUCUCUCUCUUCCUCGCUCUUUCUCUCUCUCUUCGUCCCUCUUUCCUUGUCUCUUACGUCUCUCUUCUAUACACCCCUCCCUCACUUUCCUUUCUUCUCUCCGCUCACUCCCCCUCCCGCUCUCACCCCUCCCUCUCUCCUCUUUCUCCCCCUCCUGAUCUCUCCCUCCCUCUCUCUCCCCUUUCCCCUCCCUCUCUGUCCCUCUUUCUCUCCCCUCCCUCCUCCCUUUCUCUGCAGUUCAAAGUUAAAAGGAAAAGAAGAAAGUGUAGUAUCUGUUUCUGCGUCUCAGAAUAUCUAGUCUAUUAUCUCUCUCUCUCUCUCUCUCUCUCUCUCUCUCUCUCUUCUCUAUUUCUCGCUCCCUUGAUUUCUCGGUCGCUGGCUCAAGAGGUCUAA